AUACCUAGUAUGGGUUGGUUCGUGUGAAACAGUACUAUAAAAUACUCAGGAAUGGUAUUGGUCGGUACAGUCAGCCGUGGAAGACGCGGCUAAUUGGAAGCCUUUAGAAGUUUCUGGUUUUAACAUUUAGUUUUUUUUUUCUUCUGAAAUCUUCUACUGAACAUCAUCAUGUCGGACAGAAAGAAUCUUCUGCUGUUCUUCGACCGCCCCACGGAGCCAUGUUUCAUGCAAAAAGGGGAUGACGCCAUCUUUCAACUGCCUGACAACUUCUACCCUGAUAAAUAUAAAACCGUCAGCAACACCCUCGCCAACCGUUUCGGUGAAAAUGCCCAACGAAGCAUCCCUGUGCGCAAUAUUGCUUUACCUGACUUGUCUCUGCCUAUGCAACUACCUUACAAUGACCAAUUCUCACUUUUCGUGCCCAAGCACAGGAAAAUGGCUGGUAAACUUAUCGACAUCUUUAUGGGCAUGCGAGACGUAGACGACUUACAGUCGAUUUGCUCAUACUGUCAAAUGAGAAUGAACCCUUACAUGUUCAACUACUGUCUCUCUGUAGCCAUCUUGCAUAGAGAAGAUACAAAAGGUCUUAAUAUUCCUACCUUUGCGGAAUCUUUCCCAGAUAAGUUCAUGGAUCCUAAAGUGUUCCGUCGCGCUCGUGAAGUGAGCACCGUCGUGCCAGUUGGUAAUAGGCUGCCAAUUAAUAUUCCUCAAAAUUAUACCGCGGCUGAUUCAAAUCCCGAGCAACGCGUUGCAUACUUCCGUGAGGACAUCGGCCUCAAUCUACACCACUGGCACUGGCAUCUCGUGUACCCAUUCGACGCUGCCGAUCGCGCAAUCGUUAACAAGGACCGUCGUGGGGAACUUUUUUACUAUAUGCACCAACAGAUCAUAGCUAGAUACAGCACAGAGCGGCUUUGCAAUAACUUGGGCCGACCAAGGCGCUACAACGACUUCCGUAGCCCCAUUGAAGAAGGAUACUUCCCUAAACUUGACUCCCAAGUAGCAAGUCGUGCUUGGCCCCCGAGGUUCGCAGGUUCUACCAUCCGAGACAUCGAUCGUCCCGUCGAUCAAAUCAAGAGUGAUGUUUCGCAACUUGAAAUUUGGAGAGACCGUUUCCUUAAAGCAAUUGAGGACAUGGCAAUCGUUCUACCAAACGGCCGUACAAUGCCACUCGAUGAAGAAACUGGUAUAGACGUGCUCGGAAAUCUUAUGGAAUCGUCUAUUAUUAGCCGUAACCGCGGCUACUAUGGUGAUUUGCACAAUAUGGGGCACGUUUUCAUCUCAUAUUCCCACGAUCCUGACCACAGGAACUUGGAGCAAUUUGGUGUCAUGGGUGAUUCGGCUACCGCGAUGCGUGAUCCCGUAUUUUACCGCUGGCACUCAUACAUUGAUGACAUAUUCCAGCUCUAUAAGAACAAACUUCCUCCUUAUCCCGCAGAAAGGUUAGAUUUCCCAGGUGUCAGAGUAACGUCAAUCGGCAUCGAAGGAGCUAGUGGCGCUAAUAUAUUAACGACCCAAUGGGAGCAAAGCACGGUAGAGCUUGGCCGAGGUCUCGAUUUUACACCACGUGGUUCUGUGCUAGCGCGCUUCACACACUUGCAGCAUGACGAAUUUAACUACGUUUGUACCGUUACAAACUCGAGUGGUUCAGAUUUGAUGGGUACAGUGAGAAUCUUUAUGGCACCAGUCCUGGACGAGGGUGGCCGCCAAUUGUCAUUCGAUGACCAGCGCAGACUUAUGAUCGAACUUGAUAAAUUCACGGAACAAUUACCAGCUGGCUCUAGAACAAUUCGUCGCCGAAGUUUGGACUCCUCAGUCACUAUUCCAUACGAGAGGACCUUCCGUAAUCAAAACACCCGUCCUGGCGAUCCAGGUUCUGCUGAGGCUGCUGAGUUCGAUUUCUGUGGCUGUGGAUGGCCUCAUCAUUUGCUGAUACCCAAGGGUACUGACAAUGGAUACCCUGUUGUACUGUUUGCCAUGGUUUCCAAUUGGAACGAUGACAGAGUUAUUCAGGAUUUGGUGGGCAGUUGCAACGACGCGGCUUCAUACUGUGGUAUUCGUGAUCGCAAGUAUCCUGACCGUCGUGCCAUGGGUUACCCCUUCGACCGCCCCUCUCAAGCGUCUAGCAUAAAUGACUUUUUGACUCCAAAUAUGGCUAUUCAAGAAUGCUCCAUCAGAUUCACUAACGCAACCCGCCAGCGAGGUCAACAGGGGUAAGGGACUGGAGUUACAAUAAGAGACAGGGAGACAAAAUAAAUAUCCAUUGAAGUCGGUUCUUAAAUCAGUUACUAAGCUAAUGAAGCCUCAAUAGCUCUUCGGGUAAGGGUCGGACUCAACACCGAGGGGUCGGGUUCGUUCAUCGCCCGAUGGUCUAUUGUCACAGUCUUUACGACUAGUUCAAGGGGAAGUAUAAUAUUGGUCAUAUUAAAAAAUACAUAACCAAUUAUUGAUUUUAUAAAAAAAAAUAAUAAAUAUACCUUAGUAUAUGACCCUGUCUCUUCCGAUUGUAAGAUAUAAGACCAGUAGCAAAGAUUAACAUAAAACCAUUAACUUGCAGUAUUGGUUAUGAAGGGUUUGAAACAAGUUCCCGGAACAAGAGAUCCUGUGGAUGCCUCAAACAGUAUCGUCCUGAGGAUAUAGAUGCCCUUAUAAGAAAACCCUAUUACUAUACAAAGUGUUCACAUACAAAACAUCACAUAUUUUAAAAGAUAAAAAGAUUUCAAGUAUUACUCGUACUCGAACCAUUUAAAAAACAUAUUGUUACUGGCAUAAACGACUUGGCGAGCAAAAUGGACUUUGAGUAAUCAUUUUAUUAUUUUGUAGUUUUAAGUUUUGGGUCACUUAUUAUAGUUAUAGUUCUAAGUUUUGUACAUAUGUAAAAUAUAUCUAAAUACAUAACACCGAAUAAACUAUUAGCCUUUCA